AUGAAGUUUACCGGAUUCGCUGCUUCCCUUGCCUUGGCCGGCCUUGUCUCCGCUGCCGCCCUCCCUCAAGUUCCCGGAAUCAAUGGCGGAAUCGAUGGCGCGGUUACAGGUAUGGAGGCUGCUGCCGAAGGCACCCUUGCCGGCCUUACCAGUACCGCCAAGCGCCAGCUUGGCGGUCUCUAUCCCGUCACCGAGGGCACCGGCAGUACUCUGAAUGGUGCUACUGGUAUCGUUGGUGGCGCCGUCGGUACUGCCGGAACCACCGUCGACGGUGCUGCUGGUACCGCUGAGAACACUGUUGCCGACACUGCUGGAGCCUUGAAGAGACGCCAGCUUGAUGCUCUCUAUCCUCUUACUGACGGCACCGGCAGCACUCUGAACGGUGUUACUGGUGUCGCCGGGAGCGCUGUCGGCACUAGCGAGAGCACUGUUGCUGGUGCCGCUGGCACUGUUGAGGACGUGGCCACUGGUACACUUGGCCAUGUCAAGGCUCGACAGUUCGACGCUCUCAGCCCCGUCACCGACGCCACUGGUAGCAGCAUGAACGGGGUUACUGGUCUCACCGGCAGCGCUGUCGGCACUGCUGAGUCCACCGCUGGCGGCGCUGCUGGCACUGCUGAGAACGUCGUUGCCAACACUGUUGGUGGUGUUAAGGCUCGCCAGCAGCUCGACACUCCCGACGCCCUCGCCGUUGCUGAAGCCACUAUUGGUUCCCUCGAGCGUCGCCAGGAUGAUCUUCCCAUUGCCGAUGUCCUUCAUGAGCGCCAGCUUGGAAACCUUCCCGCCAGUCUCGAUCAGACCGUCCAGUUUGCUCUCAUCGGUCUCUCUGGCAACCCAACCGGCCUCUAUGGUGCCCUCAACAACCUGCGCACCAUCGUCAACGCCGGUGAUAUCUCCCACGAGAACCUCACCAACAUGCCCCAGGCCAUCCAAGACGUCAUCGCCCACCUUUCCACCGCAUAA